CCCACUUAUUGUACUACCUUAUAUCAACGCUCUCUCUCUUCCUCUCACCAAAAGUCAGCGCCUUCUUUUGUCUCUCUCUUUCUCUCUCUCUCAAGUCUCAACACAUUAUCACACACUUUGUCUCUUUGGCCAUGGAACAAGAUUGGGAUCUCCAUGCGGUGGUUAGAGGUUGCUCCACCGUCACUUCCACCACCAACACACCUACAACACCCUCUGUCUCCUCUUCCACCUCCUCUAUUUUCCCUCUCCAACCCGAACCUUGUACCUUCUCCUCUAUGUUUCCCUCCGAACAAAAACCUCAAACUUUCUCACUUUCCACACACCCUUUUGAACCAAGAACCUCCAUUGAGGAAUUGCAUGAACUUUGCAAGCCUUUCUUUUCUAGAUCAGAGCCUCUCUCUUUGCAAACCUCUCCUCUGUUUUCUUCGUUCUCUUAUACUUCCUCUGUAGCUCCCAAAUCACCUCAAACAACACAAGACAAACCACAACAACAACAGAAAACCAAACAAUCACACCAAGGUGAUUCUCUCACCAAUCCAAGAUCAAAAAGAAGGAAAAACCAACUUAAGAAAGUUUGUCAAGUACCAGUUGAGAGCCUCUCUUCAGACAUAUGGGCAUGGAGAAAAUACGGACAAAAACCCAUUAAAGGGUCACCAUAUCCAAGGGGUUAUUAUAGAUGUAGCAGUUCAAAAGGCUGUUUAGCGAGAAAACAAGUUGAAAGAAACAGAUCAGAUCCAACAAUGUUCAUAGUAACAUAUACAUCUGAGCACAACCAUCCUGCUCCAACUCACAAAAACUCUCUCGCUGGUUCGUCUCGGCAGAAGCCAUUAACGCCACCUCAAGCUCAAGCUGAAGGUGAGACAAGCAACAAAGAUGUAGCAAAAGCCUCUUCUCCUGCUACUGCUACUACUACUACUACCUCAGGAGGUGAAGAAGAAGAGGUUCAGAAUCAAGGAGAAAAGUGUGAGAGCAAGGAGGAUUCUUUGAUGGAUGAUGAAGAAGGGGGAGGAGAUGAGUUUGGUUUAUCUGAUGUUGUUUUGAGUGAUGAUUUCUUUGAUAGUUUGGAUGAACUGAGUCAACUCGGUGGUUCUGGUUCUGGAGAAUGUUUUACAGAUCCAUUUUCUUCUGGUAUAGGGAUUCCUAAUUGGGCUGCUGCUACGGCUGCAGGUGGUAGCUGAUUUGUGUUUUGUUGGGAAACUCAAUCAUCAGAAACAUGUUUGUUGCUUUUUCAUGGAAGAGAACAGGAACUUCCUUUUAUUUUUUUUCUCACGCGGUGUGUCUCUUAUUUUUGCACAACUAUCAACUGCGUCUGCGUCUAAUAUCUUUUGCACACCUAUCUGAUAACUUUGGACACCUAUCAACUGAGCUGAUGCCUUUGAUUUGUUAUGUUUUUAGGGAAGAUGUAACUUUUGAAGGAAUCUUAUAGUAAAGUAGGGAGGGAUUAGUAGUAGUGACAUAGAUUAAGCUUUUAAGUGUCUAUGCUAAUCUUAUUUAAUUUGAUUUUGUUAUUAUAUUAGACAUUUAUACUUAAUAAUGUAAAGUCAAUUUAUUUUAGCAUCUAUUGUCAAUUGUGAUUUGUCUAAGAUUUUUGUGUGUGACUCGACUUUACAAGAAUACAAAAUUGGCUUUUAAAGUUU